GUCGAGAGUGGUGUUUUGGUCAGGCAGCAGUAGGAUGACGGGGGAGGAGGACCCGUGAAAAAGAAGUGGAGGAAAAGUUGUGAGUGAACUUCUGUGGCACUGAGGUGGAGACUCGCCUCGAGAGGAUCGACGCUCGGUUAGCUGCUGCAGCUCACACCGAGGAGGAGGAAGAUGGCGCGGUGCUGCAGCCGUGCCACGUCUCGGUUUACUCAUGAAGUUCACAAAGGUUUUAGUAAGAUACCAGUAUCUACAGUUUGGAUGUGUUUCUGUCUUCUUUUCCUCUCCGCCGCGGAGGCUGGACUGUACUCCGCUUCUGACCAGAUCAUCUUGUUGAGUAAAGAGACUGUUGAACCAGUUUUGGUGAACUCCACAGCAGCUUUGGUCGUGGAGUUUUAUGCUUCAUGGUGUGGGCACUGUAUCUCCUUUUCUCCGGUUUACAGAAGUCUUGCUCGAGACAUUGCAGGUAUGUGGCCUCCCUGCAACAAGUCACGUAGCUGUAUUGGUUUUCACCAGAUGUUCGUCUGUUUUAUUGAUAGAUAAUGUUGAAGCAUCGCCUCUGAUAUUUACAGUUGUUUUGUUUACAUAAAAGCCAGGUCUACAUUUAGAGACUAUGUUGUGAAGUUCCCUUUCUCUUUUUUCAACAUUGUCAUGGAAACAUCUUUCAUUUUAAUCAUCUUAAGCGCACUAAAUUGUAGUUUUUCUCUCUGACAAUUGGAGCAUAUGAUUUAAUAAAUGUGUUGAUAUUCUGGUAAGCACUGAAGCUCUCCAUCACAUCCUCCAGCUGAGUUUUUGUUUCUGUAGCUCAUGGGCUAAAAAAAAUAAUCACACAGCCAUGAGAAUAAAUGUUUGCAGGACUCAGGCCUCAGUCAUAAAAGUAUUUCAGUCCUGUGUUUCAUAUCCCUGACUCACACUAAGUCAGCUGCAGCAAAUGAUAUCUAAAGUUACCUCCUUUUUGGUACAAUAAACCUGCUGAUGACAUGUUGUCUGUUUCUAGAAACUGUUCGCUUAAACCCACUGAAGAAACUACAUGUGGUCAAAUUAGUGCCUUUGCUUGUAAAUUGUUUUAUAGAUGGUGGGAAUUAGUAUCUCUAAAUGCUUAUUUGUUCACUGAAACACUUACUCUUUAAUGACUACUUAAGUAUCAGCACACGUCGCAAAAGUACAACAGGACCUCCACUUACAUAAAAAGUCGUAACACUGAAUAUUUGCUGUGCCUCUCUCUCCAUUUAUUUGAUGUUUCUUCAGAGUGGAAAACAGCUGUGGACCUCGCAGCCAUAGACUGUGCUGAGAGGGCCAACAAGAGGGUCUGCAAUGAGUACCAAGUGACAGGGUAUCCCACUUUAAAGGUAUAAAACAGCUGUUUAAACACAUAUCUACAUGUAUUUUUUUGUUUGUCCUCGUGGCUAAUAAAUGAGAGCUAGAUUACCUAUUUAGGAAAUUUAUUGACUCCUCAAGGAGACAUACCCAUGUGACUGACAGAUGAGAAACAGGUUUGUGUCCUGGGUCAGCUGUUUUAGACUUAAGAGUCUAGAAAAAGUCUUGUAUGUGUUCUUUUUCCCCUCAAUGUGAAUAUUUCAAAUAAUUCUCACACUGUUACAUCUGUGAUUUUAUAGCUGAGAUGAUUUUGUAAUAAAAAAAAAGAACAGCCAGCAAAGUUUCUAAGUUUUAUAUAAAUUAAUCAGUUCAGUGAUGAGCUGAUGAGUGGAAAUACCACAAAAAUAAACUUAUUGCAGCUUCUCAAUUAAUCUUUGCUUUUCACAACCGUCCGUGACACUGACCUACUUUAUUACGGAAAGAAUGGACAAUUUGGAGAAGUGUAAUUUAAUUUAAAAGAUCAUUAUCAAGACAGUGUCAUUUGAUGUUUUCUCCAAUUAAUCAAGAGGGUUGCAUACGGAGGCCAGACCAGGAAUGUACACAGCUUUGCUUGUGUCUGCCCAGGAGCUCGUCUUUUUUUGUCUCAGCACUGAUACUGUAUGUUUGAUUUUCAUUAGCAUGGAGGGUAGAAUGAACUAAAAGCAUUUGUCAUCAGUUGCUUUACAAAUAGACAAACACAUGAGUCAGGAAUUAACCACGCUUUAUCUUUCCUCUCUUUCCUCUCAUUUUUAAGAGUUUGACAAGCCGUCACCGCCUAAAAUUUCUCUGUGCUGUUUUUUGUUGUUUCUGAAGCCAUAGAAAAUUACGUUAAAAAAUUUCUGAAGGAGCUCAGUGAAGUAAAUAUCAGUACAUAUGUCAUAAGAAGACAGAAUAAGUAAAAACAAUCAGCUCUAGGCAUCAAAAGCUCUAUGAUCUACUUUGCAAAAGUUUUGUUGUGGCUCUAGCUUUUUGUCAGAUGAAUAAUUUAAAUUCAGUGCCCUCCAAUUGUGUGAAGGGGGCUCCUUUUUAGGACAGCUGAUGUCCUGGUUUAAUAUUUGCCAUCAGCUCGUACUGUGCAAUGAACCGAUGUUGGUUUGUACCCGCUGUCUUUUGUCAGUGUAAUUCUGGUGUGCUCAGCUAAGAGGUAAUAAAAUAACAUAAGGAUUAACUCUAGGUAAAUUGUUAUUGUAAAGCUCAAUGGCAUGGUGUAAUGGUAUAUUGUCUUGAUUUUCAUAAGGGUUCAUCUGUCCUAUCUUUUAAAGGUGACAAUAUGACACAGUGGGGUACACAGUAUAUAUUUUAUUAAUGUAUCUGUUUAGUUACAUGGACAGUACAUGCAGACAUUGUUACAUCUAAUCAAAGAGCAGCCGAUGCUGUGUAUACAGGACUGUGUAUACAAGACGUCUAGUCAUGGCUAAUUUGCAGUUCUUGUCCCUGGUUACACAGCUGUAAAUACAGCACACACUUACAUAUACUGAAACUAUAAUUAAUACUUAAAAUAACUUACAUUAUAGCAAGCGCAGACAAGUGAUUAUUUAUUUGCAUAAAAACCAACAGCAAAGCAGACAUAAAACAAGCAAUCACUUCUAUGCACAAAAACCUAACAAUGGAUGUGACACAGAUAGGUAGUCAUGUAUAAACAGUAUGUGGGAGCUAACAGUUAAUCUAACGUAAUAUUCAUACACAUAAACGUGGAUACACACAAAUACACUUACAUGCACACAAAUACAUGUAAAAAUCCAACAGUCUAACCCCUGUCCACUUCCACUUGCAUGAUCAGCGGCCAAUAUGCUAAAGUGCACAGACUUUCGACAUCUUCAUUUCUAUUUGUGUCACAUCUGAUGGGUCAGCAUUAAUGUGUGUUUGCUCACUGUCCCUGUCUCUCCUCACUGUCACCCAGCGAAAGUCUCUGAAACAAAGAGCUCCUUCUUUUUGAACACACAAUGAAGCUUUAACAUCUGGGCCUCAUUUUAACCAGGAAGGAUUCAGGGGUCAGCACAGGCAGAGGCGAAAGCAGCCCCCCCACCACCAAACAUUACACAACAUGGCUUUGGUUCUCUCACGACCAUGUGAGGGCCGUCUCAUCAGGUUUCUCUUCCUUUUUUUCUGUCCACUUCCUUUGUAACCCAAACCUGUUUUAUCUCCCUCUAUACAGUUCUUCCAUGCUUAUUCCAAACCUGGAGCUCUUGGACAGUCUUUUAAAGGUACUAUUAGCGCUUUUUACAUCACCACAAACACUCAUUUAGUUUUUGCACCAAAUCACUUUACAGAUAAAAUUCCAGCUACAGGAUGAUAUCUUGAAAUUAUUUGUUCUCAUGCUGAGGUCACCAUAAGUGUGUUUUUUUCUUCCUCCAGGUUUCUCUCGGGAUAUUAUGGGACUCCGUCACAAGAUCAUAGAUAAACUAGAGAGUCAUGGGGAGCUUUGGCCCCCAGCGUGCCCCCCACUGGAGCCCAUCAGGUAAAAACACAAAAGAAGAAAUCUCCAUUAUCAGUUUAAUAUAGUUGUUUUAUUUUUUCUAGUGAGUGCAGGUUUAUUUGGCUUCACACAGAUGGUUCAGAAUUAAAUUUGAUCAGCUAUAGAGUUUAUAACGGCAAAAACUAUUUCAAACCUCAAGAAAAAAACUGGUCAGCAAAUUUUUGCAUUCAUCAGACAGUUUUUUUUAACAUAAUGAGCAAGUUUUCGUUAUUCUAAGGCUUAAAGUUACAGAUGGAUGUCACUUCAGGAGAAAGGUGGAGGUUGUCUGCUGAAUGGGAAUGGGUUUAUGUAACUUCCCCUACUUGAUUUGUUUGUGCAUCCAGAUAUAGUGAUCCAGAUUGAAGGCUGACCCUCUGUCACAGUGGCUUGUGGUUGUUUAAGUGGUGAUAAAUAUAAAGCUAGACUCUCUUGACCCAGCCUGUCUCUGACUUUUUGUUUCAUGGUAAAGGACAAGUGGUCAUUUAAAUACCACUUCCCCCGAGCCCUCAUCCCAAUACUUUUAGCCAGCUGAUAAGUUACACAACAUAUCGUAUCGUCAUAAAUGACUGCAACCAUCCCACAUGCAUUGUUGCCUUCAGCAGAUCCAGGGCCUGUUUACCAAUCUCCAGGUACUGAUAAUGCUGAAGAUCCUGUUAUGGUUUAUUGGUUACAUCAUAAGUUUCUCCAGGACCUACAAAGUCCGGGUCUCAAGACGUGUUUGCUCUUUUUCUGCCUCUCUCUCCUCAGCCAAGCAGAAUUGGAAAGCUUCUUUGAGACCAUCAGUGUUCGACAUCUCGCUCUGAUCUUUGAGAUGAACGACUCCUAUGUCGGCCGAGAGGUAUCAGCCGUUAAUAAUCAUCUUAACAAUUAAAAAUAUAACUUUAUUUAGGUAGUGAAUAAAUGAUUAUGAGUCAGGCCAGACAGAAAGAAGUCGAUAGAGAAUUCAAGCAACACAAGAAAAUGAUGGUUUGUUUGGGAAUAAAACCUUCCCUCAUGGCCUGGGCUGCAUUGGAUAACUGUGUAUUUCAAAAUAAGAAGUUGAAUAACUUUUUGCACUUGCGUACUGUUUUUCAGGUCACGCUGGAUCUGUUGCAUUUUGAGAACAUCGAGGUUCGAAGAGUCUUGAGCACCGAGGUGGGUCUGGUUACCAAACUGGGCGUGACUGAUUUCCCAUCCUGCUACCUCUACUAUCCUGGAGGCAACUUCACCAAACUCAAAGUGUGAGUGUUUGCACUAUUUAUGAGCAUGACACAGUCGUUCGUGUCUUCUGCUAUUUUAUUAUACAAAUACUAUCCUGAAUAGUUAGAUAACAACUUCCUUGGAACUGGAUCUGCCAAACCUGUUCAUAAAUGCUUCAGUAAUAGUCUUUACAAACAUCAACUCAUUCUUAAUCCCUAUUUAAGGAUGUGUUACAGUAACAUUUGACGUGACAAGGGAUCAGUGAACUUAGAAUUAAGGUUAUUCUCUGAAAAGACAAAGGUAUAGAGAUCUUUGAGGAACUAAUGAAGUCUGGGGCACAUUUGCCACAAAUUGUCAGCUGAAACAGGAUGGUUUCUUCUAUUUAAAAGGACCCAUCUACUAACUUCAGAGCGGUCAUUUACUUGUAUUGUAAGAAUGUGUUCAAAGGUUGUGUGGGUACAGAUGUUGCAUGAUGGACAUAACGAAAACAUAUCUUCCCUCUUGUAACUUUUAUUCCAGUGGAAGUGGUAAUAUGAUUGUGGGUGUGUGACUUCUGACUCAACAGCAGUCUGUGUUUUUAACACAACCUCAUAAAAAGGCAGUUUAUUUAUUUUGUGUUUCUGUGCUGCUAAUGAAAGUAACAGAAGAAUGAGGUCAGUGUCAGUGCCGACCGAAAGUUUUAUUGUCCUCCACUUUCCACAGAAGCUGCUUUGUGUCGGCACAAACCCUCUAUGUAAAUAUGCAAAUACGAGAGAGCAGAUUGGGACAUGACCCUGGCUAACCAGGAACAAGGAUGUAAUAUUUAACUUUACUCAGGAACAGGAUUGUUGAUUGUGUUCAGUGACGUACAGGAUGAGUCAUGGUUGAAGAACAGCGUUGCUACUGUCCUUGCAUUUUUUCCAUCCAUCAUUGUUGUUUAGUUUAUUUGUUCUUCUCACUUGAGUUUUAUUGUGAUCUGGGAUUGUCUGACAGAGGCCUCUGUCCAUGAGGCCUUCAACUCCCGCCUCCAGAGGGAUUUCUUAAGCAUUCCAGGGAAGUUGGGGACGUUGACUCUGAAUGGGCCAUGUUCAAAGCCUCCAUUGUAGAGGCGGCUGCCAGAGGUUGAAGGCUGUGUGGGUGCUGCUUGACCUGGUGGUGGAUACCGGUGGUAAGGGGGGCUGUCAGGCUGAGAAAGCAGGCCUCUAGGGUUCAGCAGGCUCAGGAGUCUCUGGAAGAAGUUGACAGGUACCCUGGUCAGGGAGGAGGAGUUUGGGGAGGCUAUGGAGAGGGACUUUCAGUUGACCUUGAAGCUCUGGCUGACUGUCAGGGGACUCGGGAAGGGAAAGUAGGGCUUGACUCAGACACUUUUAGAAUCUCCUUAAACUAGCUGGCACAUCAUCUUUGGAGGCGGUGGAGUCUGAGAGGCCAGAGGAAGCCUCGUCUAUAUCCGAGGCAGAGGUCGCUGAAGUAAUCCAAAAGCCCGCAUUGAGAUACCUAAAGCUCUGGUCGUUGUAGGAUUGUGUUUUUCAUCCUGGCUGUGGUACAGAGGAACUUUUUAUCCAUGCAAGGCUUCUGGAGGAGGCAUGGAACUUGGCCUGUCUAGUCUACAUGUGUUUUGUAAACCUGAAAAGGCUUGCGAUUAUAUGACAGGGGGUGCCGGGGCUGCUUCUCCAAGCGAUCCGGUCUCUGUUCGACCACUGUGAGAGCUGUGUGUGCACACUAACCCAUACUGUUUUUAUUUUACAAUAUCUAUUUUUCUCGUAAAGGUGGCUGCAAUCUUUUUUGUAGAGAGCUUCUUGCCAACAUGCCAAACACUUUACAAAAGUUGUCAUUUGGCUUGAUUUGGAGAGGGGGGAAAAAAACAAUCAUUUUAAAUCCCUUUGGUUUCUAUUGUUCCAGGAGUGACAACUUUGCUUUCUGCAGGAAAACCUUUACCAUGUGCUCAUUAUCUGAACCCUAUUCAUGAGAAUACUUUUAAACAUCUGGCCUCUUAAUGGGAUCAGAGCAUCAAAAUCUCUCCCAUUAUUCACUUUCAUACAGCGUUGCUGAUCAUUCCUCACCUUGCAAAUUCAUCUGCUGUUCUCGGCUUCUUUGUUUGGCUGUUUCAAUAACUUGGCAUGCAAAGAGGACUCUUUUGAGUUGACAAAUGCAAAAAAGGAAAUGAUUUAUUGCUGAUUUAUUUAUUCACCCUCCAUCUCUCCCCUUCCAGCCCCCCUCAUCUCCAUCACUGUACAGAGGGGAGGUUUUUUAAUUUCUUGCAUGAAAACAAUGCCAUUGCUUUUCUGGCUUCACCUGCCAAACAAGCCCCCAGCCGCACACGGCGACAGAUGGCCUCCCAUCAUCACUGAAUGUCUGAUUGAUCCUGGGAGAGUGGAGUGUGGCUCUGUGUGUGUGUGUGUAUUAGUGUGUGUGUGUGUGUGUGUGUGUGUGCGCGCAGGGGCGUCUCACAUCUGUCAUGCGUGUAAUGUGUGCUGGUCCCAGGUGAAUGCAUCCCCCUCCAAGCCCACCCUGUUGCCUGCCAGCCCCUGGGAUCACUGGAUGAAUGGCUCUCCCUUCACAUCUGUACACUCCCACCAGACACGCAGGUGUAAUUGAGUCCCGGGCUGGUGUGAGCGAGCGUUGGCUCCGAGUAUUCAUCCUCCUUAUUGCCAUCCUGCUCUAGUUUUACGGUGCCCUCCCUUUCUCUCUGCCUUUUCUCUCUCUCUGCCCCUGACAAGCAGAGGAAGCAAAUGGGUGGAGGAUAUGAGGGGUGGAGGUGUACAGAAAGAGAGAGAGAGAGAGAGCGAGGUAAAGAGAGAGAGAGAGCUUAAUGGCCACGGUUCCAGUUGCAGCGUUAUCACAUGGCUUAAUGACCAGCGAUCUCUCACUCUCAGUUCCAUGUUUCCUCUGGCACCAUCUGUUCAGUAUUUGAAAUGCAUUCCCGUAAGUGUGUUAAAUAUACGGUUGCAAAAAUGAGUGGUCAUAAAACUGUUUUAUAGCAGUGGGCUGCAGAAACAAAAGGUUGGAAUUAAAAAAGUGUAAAAACUAUUGCUCACUGUAUGGCCAAAAGUUUCUGGCCAGCCGAACAUUUUUACCUUCAUGUUAUUCUGACAAUUAAUACUAAGAAGACAGCUUUCCUCCUCUGUGUGGAUUAGACAGAAUUCCCCUUUAUCAUCGUCAUCAUCAUCAUCAUGAAGGUAUUGGGAUAAAGUUUGAGGUGUACAGUAUUAAGAUGUCUAAUAACAGGAAUUAAGGGCUCCAGCUUCACUUACUCCUCUGUGUGUGUUUCGUUUUGUGUGCUCAAAGUGUCCAUCUCGCUUGUCCUUUCCCCUCAGCAACAUUGAGGCUCGUGUUUUCUACUCUUAUGCCCUCAAGAGGCUACCGGGGGUGGUGCGAUCAGGAAAGCCUCCACCAGUCAUCAAGGAUGUUCACACCAACAGUACAGAAGAACCCUGGAGACCCUUCAACAGGUAUGAACGAAUACAAGGACACUAAACUGUAUAUUUGCCUUUAAUCUUUUUAUUGUUGAAGGUUCUAUGGAUAAGGUAAAUACUAUUUUAAUCCCUACUUAUUUUUAAUAUUUGCCCACUUAAAGUUCGUGUUUGCUUUUGCUCAGUUCCAGGGUGUACAUGGCCGACCUGGAGUCAACGCUGCACUACUCUCUGCGUGUGGAGUUAUCUGCUCAUCCUGUCAUCAGAGGACAAGCCUUGAGGGCUCUGAAGAUGUACAUUUCAGUUCUCGUUAAGGUAAAGCUACCAUGAAAGCCCUGGAUAAAACAAAAACUGGACACACAUGUUAACCAAAUGCUAUAAAAACAUAAUGAUGACUCCUUCAUUUCUUUUUAAUUUUUGAUGACUAUUCUGGAUCCUAGAAAUUACGAAAACAGUUCAACACGAGACAGUCAUAAAAAAAAUCCACAUUUAAUUCAACUGAAAAAAAAAAAUACAUGCAGCAGUAGAUUUAUAUAUUUUUAUAGCACAUGUUCCAAAGCUUACACUUAACUGUCUAUUAUCUGAAACUUUUCUCCUCAUUGCUUUUGUCACCAGAGGAUUGCUUUAGUACACGGUUCCAGUCAGGGCAGAUAUUUCAUAUUUUUUAGGGCUGCAAAAGUGAAUCAGAAUCCACACUUUGAGAAUCUGUUUCCAAGUGUGUUGUUUCUUUUGUGAAAAUAAAAUCAAACUGAUGAUCUUCGAAGUCUAAAGGGAGAGAAAAACCUCCACAGGCAGCAGCGGUUUGUAGUUACAGCCUCUCAUCAGUAGAUGGAGAUUGAGACAGCAGAAUCUGUGUUCACACUGCACUUUUCUGCUGGUGUUUGGUUACAUUUGGCCCACAAUUAACUCUUCCUCCUCCAUGUUUUAAUUUUUAUGAAAUCCUUCAGAUUCUCACUCAAAUUUCCCCAACCAUUUUUUCCCUCAAUUGCACUUUUGUCUUUCCACCAAACACAGAAGCACACUCAUACACAUCAUUGAAAACUGGAGUGGAUGUCAUUGACUAGAGCAGGAGCACAAAGGCUCUCUUGGGUAUUGUUGACCCUCUUGAUGUUGGCUCCUGUGGGGAUUGAAGCGUGGCUACCAACCACUUGCCGCCCACAGAGUAAACACAGAGUGAAAACCAGAAAACCUCCUUUAAACCUGCCCGUGGUUCCAUUCUGCUUCAUAAUGCAGUAUUCCCAUUUUCAGUUUCACACACAUCUCUGAAAAUAUUCGUGGAUGUGACGGCAAACAACCUACCUUGCGAAUUUUCCUUUUAAUGUUUAUCCUCUUGUCUUCCAUCUUCAAUUUCAUUCUUACUAUUUUCACUAUAAGAGAUACAAAUGUCUCAUUAUCAUAUUCUUUCAAUCUGUUUAUUUAAUUAGCUUAAAUUCAUACUUUUCCUGUCUCUAGCCCUCUACCUUUAGCUUUCUCUACAACUUAUCCCACGUUCACCUCACCCUCUUUUUUUCCUCCUGUCCUGCUGUAGUGUGCCAGCCAUGCAAACAUGUUGUGAUGAUGAGGCCUGACCUGCUAGCCCUGUCCCUAUUGGCUCUGCACCAGGCUGUCUCACUUCUCCAGUCUGCCACCAAUCUCUCUGAUUAUCUCUCUCUCUCUAGGGAGGUGUUGUAGCAAGCAAGAGUGUUUCAGUGCUUGAGUGCAUAUGAGUCUGUAAGUGUGCGUGUGUGUAUUUGUGUGUUUAUGUGGGGGAGAUACCAUGGCCUCCCAUUAGCUCCAGUUUGUAUAGCCAAUAGCAGCAAGUCCCUGUGGUAUUUUUAGACAGUCCCCCCCUACCAGAGCGGCCCCGCUGUUUAGCGCGGCGUCGCACAGCUGAGCAGGCUGUCAUUGUCGCAGCUGACUUGUGACAGUUCUCAUUGUCUUUUGACGGAGCGAUACCACAAAGAGGCCGAAUCUUCUGUCGCCUGGCUUGUUAGGAACAGUUUAUGUAGGACGAGCGAGCAGGUUGUGAAACAACAUUAAAGGAAUUGAAGGCAAGUGGAUGACACUCGUAGGAAUACAAGAUGCAUAUACGCCACUGUGUGAAUGUUGACAAGCAAACACAUUAAUGGAAAAGAUUUUUGGGGGGAAUCAAAUGAUGCACGAAAUAAAAGAAAUAAACCUGUGUUCAGACCUUUAACUCCUGAACACUCUCUUUUAGUUUUCAUUCACAUUAAUUUAACUGCAGUUUGAUUAAGAAAUAUUCUUAUUUUUGUUGUCCUGAUAACCAAAACAAUCUAUAAAAUCUGAUGCAUGAACUCUUUGAGUGGUCAUGUGACUAGAUUAGAUUAGAGAGAAGGUGAGUCAUGACACUCAAACCUCAGUGUGUGUGUGUGUGUGUGUGUGUGUGUGUGUGUGUGUGUGUGUGUGUGUGUGUGUGUUGUGUGUGUGUGUGUGUGUGUGUGUGUGUGUGUGUGUGUGUGUGUGUGUGUGUGUGUGUGUCAUCACUUCAUGUAAAUGACACAUUUCCUUACUCAUGAUGCCGGUUAAUUCUAACCAAACAAAAUGAUCAGUGGUUAGUGCCUUUGCAUACAUUACUGCAAAGUGUCUAUUUGCAUAUUUAUGGUCCUGGUGUGUGAGGCUGAUGUCAGUUGUCGGGAAAUAUAACAUCUUCAGAUCACUUUUUUAAUUUUUCUGUGGUUUCAGGGAAAAGAAAACACAUUUAAGAGGAAGGAAUAAUCUGGUUAAAAUUAUUUUAAAAAAUCAAAAUAGUUCAUAAACAAAUGGACUAACCAUUGUGACACCUUCAGCAGAUAUGUCUGUAAUUAAAUGUAUUUUUUCUUUAUCUCUCUGUGAUUAAUUUAAUGUAAAUCUGUUUGGUCUGAGUUGUUUAUUUUCUCUUCUUUCCACAAUCCGCCCAACAUGACAUGUCCUCCUGUAUCUCAUCCCUAACAUCUGAACAUGUGACAUUUUGUUUUCUUCUUCUCUUUUUGUCCUUUGCACCCAGCCGUUAUUUUUACUGGAUUUACUGUCUUGUCAGGCUGAAGCCGGAUUUAUGAAUCCUCUACAUGUAUAUGAGGAUUAAAAAAGUGGAUCUUGGGAGGCAUGAGAGCAUUACAGCGAGGUUUUUAAGGAUUACACCUCUAUCCUGCUUUUCUUGAAAGAAGCCCUUCAGCCCAGAGGGGACAGAGGGGCCAGGGAAUAAAACAAAGAAUUAAGAGAGGGGCUUUGGUCUAAAAGGACAGCCUUCACCCUUCUCACGCCAGAGCUCAGUCAUGUCAUGAUGUUCACAUAAUACUAGACAUGCUAACUGUUUUUACCAAUACCAGCUGUCCAUGUAAUCAUGGAUGUUAUUGCUGUUUUAAUAGGCAAAUCCCCCAAAAGAAAUGUUGAUUGUUUGUCAGUUUUAGCUGUAGUUUCCUCUUAGUGACAGUUACAAAAAAAAAAAAAGUCUUGCCUGGUUUCUAUUCUGGGGCAUGUGUCUGCAGAGUCUGGUCUGGUCCAGUCUGCCUCGCUGAAGCCAACAGAUGCCUCCCUCUUGGGACCCUUACCACAAGGAGCUUGUGGUUUCUCAAGUGCUGCUGAUACUAAUCGGAUCACAGAUGACAUAUUGCUGGGGUGAAGGGGAUUGUCAUGGUCUAACUGGGAUGGGGGGCAGGAGGGACACAGGGUUAGCCAAGGGGAUGUGUGUGUGUGUUUGUGAGGUGUGUGUGUGGGGGGGUGCAUGUUUAUAUGUGUGUGAGUGUGUGUGUUUGUUUUCUUAUGAUUGAGACACCAAAAUAAACCAAUAUGUAGUUCUGACGUAGAAGGGAAAUGUUACAGAAUAUUUAUGAUAGAAAAGGAAUCAAUUCAAGUGCUCAAAAUAUUCUUAAUACUGAAGUUUACUUAAUAAUUAUAAAGGAUAUAUCACAUUUUAGAAAAGUUGGGAAAAGUUAAAUUAAUUGAUAGGUACUUUUUUUUUUACAAUUUUUACAGGAGCUAAAAUCACAGUCAAGACGUCAAAUCCCUAAAAAAACAAAAGUAUUUAGACAGUGAAAGAAAAACAGAGAAAUACCUCAGAAAACAAUUCAAUUAUACAUACUUGACAAUGUAAGAUAAAUGUUACAAAACAAAAUAUUCACUUUUCAAAAGCUUCCAGUAAUUCAGGUGAAUAUAAACAAACUUAUUUAAAUCUGUGAUCAUGUGUUUAAUUUAAUUUUUUUUAUAAUAUUCUUUACUUGACAUUGGUUUCCUUUGGUUCACCUUUUUAUAACCAUCACAUUUGUUGAGUGUCUGACAAGGAGAUUCAGAAAAAGAGAAAUGAAUGUUAGUUUAUGGAGACAGCAGUAAGGCAGUGCAUUGUAACAAUGAGUGGAAAUACUCUUUGUUCAAAUCCAGAGUUGAGCAGCUCUUGUUUUCUUAGGUGGUCAUCAGGCCAGAGGAACUCAUGAAUAGUGUUGCUUUGGUGAUGCUGAGUUAAACCCAUUAGCUGGAAACACCUGCGUUUUCUCUUCUGCUUAAAUUCAUAUGGCUCUUUAAUGAGCUUUUCUGACUGGUUGGCACCCAGACCUCAGAUCCAGACCUAAACCUAUUAUAUCACUCCCCCAGCAGUGAGCAGAACCCAUGAGAGGCCUUUGUCUGAUCGUACGCUGCUUUCUUUAGUGUUGUGUUUGUGUGUGUGGUGGGAAUAUUUUCACUUUUGGUGUCAAAGAAUUUAGUUAUAGUUGAAUGUUUUUCUUUGAAAUUACCAAUGUACCUGAUUUACAGUCAUGUAGAGCGGCUGGUUUUGUGCUGAUGAUCACUUGACAAGUUAACUUUGAAUACGCAAAAAUACCAAACUUUUAAGAAAAUAAGUGAAAUCAUUCACAGGUAUGAACAUCGUAAUUUUAACCUAUCCGUGUAAAUUUAGCUUCUUAUACACAGAAACAGUUUUCUGUGGGCCAUGUUUACGUAUGAAAGGGUCCUUGUUUAGUAAAGGGUGCACUGGUGCACAUGGAGGGCCACAGACAGAGCAGGACUCUGUUAGCCUUGGACCAGGAGGUUUUAGUAAAUCACUGGGGGUCUGGUCUGGGUGUAACAAUCAGAUCCUGUUAGACGGUGGUGGACAGAGGGCUGAGCUGCAGUGUGUGUGUGUGUGAAAGUGAGAGCAUGAGCACAAGUUCACAGCUGUGUUCUGAUGUGUUUGAGUGGACCAGUGAUUGAAGCCAUUUGCGAACAAUUCAGACUUCUUUUCUUGUUUUUUUCUUGUAUUUGUCACUUCUAGUGCAUCACAGCUUAGUCCAUCAAAGAGUGGUUUUUCAGGCUUUUGCUUUUCAUUGUGAUUUAAAAGAUAAAAUAUGGACAUCUGUAAGAAUAAGAAUACGAAGAACUUUAGUAAUCCCCGAAGGGAGAUUCAAUUGUCUCACUUGACUUAACUUAAAAGUUAUCUACUAUUUACUGUAUGUUUGGGAAAUUAAAAUAAGACAUUAAGAAGGACCUUAUCUUGGAGUCUGGGAAGUUAUAACUAGAAUUUUACUGUUUUCUGACGUUUAAUGGAUAAAAUGAUACAUCAGAGAAGAAAAACAGAAAAAUUAUCAGAUAUUCAGCAGAUACUAAAAAACCUACUUGUUACCAUGGAAGGACUCUGUUUGUCUUUUCUUUAAGACUUGAAAAAACUUGAUCCAUCUGCUGUGUCUAUUUCUGGGAAACAGGACCAUCAUGAUUUACCGUCGGCUUACAGUGAGAAUAAGAAGCACAUUUAGAUGAAAUUUAUUUAAGCACUCUUUUGUCUCUUACUGUCAAAAGACCGAGGACAUCAGCUGUUUCUGUUGUCAGCACUGUGUGGGUGAAGACACGAUCGUCUGUGUCUGUCUGCACUCUGUCAUCACCGGUCUCAGACACCCAUCAGCUGGAUAUCCUCUUUCUCUUAUUUUCCUAACUCUGCUAGUUACAGUGUCGUGUUUCCUCCCAGUUGCGGUUGUAACCAUGGUUUUUUGAAAAGAUGCAGCUACAUGGCAGGAGCACACGAGUAACUAACCGGUUGUUAGUGGCUUAGGAAAUGGAUCCUAAUAGAGGAAGAGGCUUAAGCUCAGCUGCUGUCUCAUUCACUUGGUGUCUUACAGAUGCUUGGGAGGAAAACAUAAACAUAAUGAUUAUGGGUAUCCUAGCAUAUGUCCUUUAGACACCCAGUGUGUUUUAGUAAUCAAAUUUCUGCCUAGCGACCAAAACAUGCAAUGAUACCUUUAAAUCAUGUGCUCAAAACAAAGAAUGGUUAAAUUGAAGCGUGGCUCACAUGUAAUCUGACAACAAUUUAAUGUCAAUGUUUAAAGGUAAUAUCUUUACCUCUCUCUCUCUAUUUCUUUUUAAUGAACAGUACUUUCCAGGCCGGCCAAUUGUGAUGAACCUUCUGAAAGCUGUCAACUCUUGGCUGAAGCAGUCCAGUAGUGAAGUAUCCUAUGAGGAACUCAGUGCCAUAUUAGAUAACACAGCACAGGUGAGUCUGAACAGAGCAGCACAUGCAAAAAAAAAGUUUAGACCAUAACUGUGCUGACCUUCUUGUUCCUUUUAGUCUACUCUACAUACAUGUAACUUUAGUCUGGAUAACUUUAUUUUCUUUGGUGUGUAACUUUGAUAUUCAUGGGUUUUAGAAGUGAUUCCACUGAGCAAUAGAUGGCUAUUGACGUCUAGUUUUUUAAGACCUAAUUUCAACCAUCUAGAUUUUGUAUAUUUUUAGAUUGAAUUUAGACGUUGCACUUUAACCCAUAAUUCGAUAACUAUUUAUUUCAAAAAGCAACUCUGAGUUGCAUAACUGAUCUCCAAGUACUUAACCAAAGUAAUUAUAAUAGCCAUUGAGCAAUUUACAAUGUAGUAUAGAUAUGGCCCAGAUUUAGACUUGGUCUGAACUUGGUCUCAAUUUAGACAUCUGAAAAAAAUUUAAUUUUUAGAGCUGUAGUAGCCUGAUUUUAGACCAGUCGUCUAGGCUACAUUUAGCUGUCUUUUAGACCUCUUCUAGACCAAAAACUGCUCAGUGGGAUAUGUCCUCUACAUAUGGUAUUGAGGAAGGAGGUAAAUGCUAAUUGUAACUUUUGUAAGAACAGACUUUGUGUUUCAAAAGCCACAGCAAGGCUGAUCAGACCAGAUAAGCAGUUUCAGAGAAAAACAGAAAGCAGGGCUUCAAACAAUGCACCCCCAGACUGAUGUGAGGUGAGGACAGCUGUGGGAGAACAGCAUGUUUCUCCUCUGACAAACCAAGGUCACCUGUCAGUCUAGCCACUUAAUCAGCUCAAAACCACCUCUGAGGCCACAAAGUGAUGCCUGCUCUGUUGAAGAUUGUGUGUUGUUGUUUUUAAUCAACGUUUUUGGUAAAAUACAUGAUAUGCGGAGAUAAAUUAAUUCAGGUAUAUCAAAAUCUACUUUGUUCUUGUGUCUGUGCCAGCAUAUACAGCUUAGGAUCUAUGUGCUGUUGUCUUUGGACUGAAGCCUGCAUGCCUCCAGUUUACGCCCCCAUGCAAAUUGAAAGAGUCACUUACUUGCAUCAUUAGCUUUUAGCAGGCAAAUCAAUUGAUCAAUGAAUCGAUGGGAUGGUAUGAAUAGACUACAGCCCAGAGGAAAUGGACUCUGCACACACGCAUACACACAUGGAAAAUCUUUACUAUUGACAUGUGAGUAACCCUGUCAAUCACACAAGUGAUGGCAACGCCGUGUAGCGAGAGAAACGACUUUAUGUCAGAGAAAAUAUGUUAUCGGAUUCAACUGUGGCUCGUGGUUAGAGAUCUGGAUAGCUUCUGUUCAUUAGUGGAGGGCUGAGCCAUUAACCUGAGAUUGACUUCUUAUUGAUCAAGGGAACUACACAGAGCAGCUUUCAUUAAGUUGCACAGGUUGGGUUGAUGUUGUAAAGACUCUACUUUUUUAGAGUCUCUUGGAUUUAGGGAAACCUCAUUUGGAGAUUUUUCUUGUUCGUUGCAUCUUUGUAAUUAAUGACAAUCCAAUGAAAAACUUCUGUCUCUCAAUACUUACUUUCUCACUGCACUGUCCAAUUCUGUGCUCCUUACAGUAAUGCACAUGUUCUCUUGGUGAGAAUAUGUCAAGUAGACCCUGUAAAUAUUGGCCUUAAUUUUUAAAGUUUUUUUUUUUUGUAAAAUUAAAUAGUUUGAAAUUAUUGGGACUUUUUUUAAAAUUGUUAUACGGUCGUCAAGGGAUCUCCUUUUGUCACAGCAGACACUUAAAAAGAUGGAGGGAAACUAGCAAAUUAACCACAGAGAAAGUAGCUGUUGAUUGAAAACUACAAUUACAAACACUGUAAAUAUUGUCAUUUGAAACAUUUUAAAUAUCUACUUAAAGUUACACAUUAACAGUCAAAAUAGCUGGCUAAGGUUAUGCUAAAUUAGUUUAAAUAGCUAUGUGCGUUUAUGGGUAAACAGUUGAAAUAGCUAUCUAUAAUUAAUACAUCAACAGUUAAAUUAGCUAGUAUGAUUAAUACAAUAAUGGCUGAAAUUGCUAGCUAUAAUUAAUCUGCAAUGGUAUAACUAGCCAGCUAUGAUUAAUACGUUGACUGUUGAAAUAGCGAGCUAAAAUUAAUAAGUAAUUCAUGUAGCCAUAGUAAUGCAUAAAUACAAACAGUUAAACAAUAAGUGUUCAUUUGUUGCAUUUUUAGUUCUUUUUGAUUUGUUGAAAUUAAAAAUAAAAAAUGUAAAUGAUGAUCAUGAGAUUACUGAGAUUUAUCAGUAAUUUGUGGUUGUUGACUCGUUUGUCUUUCGCUUCUCAGUCUCCAGACACAGCUUUGCCCGACGGUGUGCGGUGGGUCGCCUGUCAGAGCUCUCAACCCCACCUGAGACGUUACCCAUGCGGUGUUUGGACUCUUUUCCAUGUUCUUACGGUCCAGGCCUAUAAUAAUCACAGCACAGGUACAGACACACAUGCAAAGAUAACAUAUAUAUUCAGAAGGGCUAGACUGACGAUGAGAGCUUAGGUAGACUCUGUAAGCAAACUAGUUCAGGAAUGUUUAUUUUUAUACACUAAACUAAAUAGACAGACAAGAAACAGCAACCUACAGUAUACAGCAUAUAUGUUGAGGUUUAUUCCCCCCCUGUAUUUAUUGUUGUGUUUGUCCUGUGUGUGUUUUGUCAUUUUGUUUUUGUCAGCUAAAAUUGAGCCUAAUUGUGGCUGUGUGAAAAGGGAUUAUGUUAGAUUAGUGGAAUGUGAGUGGUUAAUAAAACAGGCAGAUGACCAGAGGCUCCAGUUCUGUCAAGGACAAUAAUCUCCCUCCAACUCAAGCACACACACAAAAACAUACACACACGCACAUACACACACACACACACAAAGGUUAAUCCCGAGGUUUAAGGACCAUCAUGUGACCUGCAGAUGGACUGGCCAAAGUGGGCGUCCAUCUGGCCCGCCACAGACCACCAGCAAAACACACUCACACACUGUACAAAAUUGGCUGUAACAUAAAACUCUCUUCAUCAAUAUUCUCCCGCUCACAGAGUAUUCAGUUAGUGAAGACAUAAGUAAACGUUUGAACUCUUUUCUGAUGCAAGCCGAGCGUAUUUUCAUAAACAGCACACACCCAGACACACUCCCGUUUUCACUUCGGUUCAUCUAAAGGUCCCGCUAAGCUCAGAACAAAAGCGAACAGGUUCAGGAAAAUAUGUUUGCAUACUGUCAAAGCCCUGAGACAACAGCCUGGCCACCAUUCACACAGAGGGUUUAUGGCCUUUAAUCUCCAGAUUGGGUUAUCCUCUCCGUAUAGUGUAUUCAUCUCAAUAUGGGUUAACCCAGCUCUCUGUGACUCCUGGCCCACAUAACCGUGGGAAUCCAGGAAACUGUGGACUUGCUCUUCCAUUAGCAAGCUUUCAGGAUACAGCACUUUUCAAUGUAUGGAAACCACCAGUUACAGUCGCAUGUGAUUGAUAAUGCUUCAUGUAGGAGAUAAUAACUUGUUGUUUUGUUGGUUGAAAGGGGGCUAUCUGUGAGAUUUACCUUGAAACACACUCUUCUCUCCUGUUUAAAGAAACACUAUCCGGGCUCAGAAUCAGUGAUCAAAAUGAGCCUGGAAAUAAAUUUGUAAUGUUUUAUCAACAAUUCAGAUUACCCACUCCAUCCAUUAAAUGUCUUUCCCCUUUAGAUCCUGAGGAGGUACUCAGUGCGAUGAGAAACUACGUUCACAGCUUCUUCGGCUGCAGGCAAUGUGCAGAGCACUUUGAGAACAUGGCGAGGGAGAGCAUCUUGGAGGUCAACACCUUGAUGUCAGCGGUCAUGUGGCUCUGGUCAAGACACAAUCGUGUCAACAACAGACUAGCGGGUAAGACCCAACACAAUCAUCAGAAGAUGGUUCAUGCAAACUUUAGGAGGUAUCUCAUAAUCUUCUGGAUUUUAUUAGACUGCUUGUUGGAGUGAAAGCUGUGAUACACUGUUUUUGUUGAGGGGUUUUCUUGACAUUGCAGGAGAAACGCUGUUGUCUACUUUUUAAGCGACUAACAUGUGUGGCAUAUUUGUAAUAAAGUAAGUGACACGGCUUUAUUAUUGAUGGGACAAAAUAGAGCAGACACUGACUUUAUCAGUUAUUACCAGAGUGUUACCGAUAAAAACCCUCAAAGUGUGGCGUGUCUGAUGACCUUAUUCUAAUGUGUACUGUGGCCAAACAUGACUGUAUGAAUAUGCAAAUAAUCCCUCUCCACCUUACACACCCUUUUCGGGCUGAUGUCACAAUUAUGUCAUGGUAAUACCAGGAGGUGUAAAGAAAUAAAACUGGAAGCAAACAAGAAUCACCUCCCUAGAGCAAAAGGAAACACGGGAUUCCUAAAAUAUUAUCUUUCAGGGUUGUUUAUUCCAGAACAGUAAGAACAAUAAUAUAAAUCAAAGACGACUUUGGUUAAACGUGAUAAGACGAAAAGAUUGGAUGAAGAUUAUCAUUAAAAAUAUUAGUGUGCACAGUGCACACUUAAUAUAGCACAACAUUUCUGUUGGAUAGAUAAGUUAUGUCGUGUAUAUUGAGGGCUAUUAAGAGGAGUAUCAGUUUUCUCUGUCACAUUUUAGCACACAGGCUACUGUUAGCUUUGCUAGCAAAACAAACAGGUAGAAACCGGUUAUGUGUCAUCGUCCUUUAUGCUAUUACCAUAGUUAGCAACCACAAGUAUAAAGACAGCUAAGCAUUCAUACUCCUUCAGUUUGUCUUUACAACACACUUGGUUUUUAUAAUAAUAACAAUGCGGAAGAAUUUAUAGAGCUUUUUAUCAGAGACCCCUAAAGCGCUUUUCAUUGGAUACAACAUUCAUUCAUUCACUCACACAGUCACACCUUGGUGAUGGUAAACUACCUUAGUAGUCACAGCUGCCCUGGGGCAGACUGAUGGAAACAUGGCUGCCAAUUCACGUCAACCACCAAACAUCACUCACAAUCAUACACCAGUGGAGGACAAGGUGGAGAAAGAUGGGUUAAGUGUCUUGCCAAUGACAACAAUAGACAGACUAGGGAUUGGGGGGAAUUGAACCUCCAACCUUCCAGUUGUUUGACAACUGCUCUACCUCCUGAGCUACUCCCACUCAGUCCUGUAGAGCAGGUGACCUCAUUUAUGCUGAGAUGUUUCUUUACCCGUGGGUAGUGUUCAAACCAGUGAGACGAUAAGUCUCUAAAAAAAAAACUGAUCAGCAACAUUUUAUGAUUUCAUACUAAAGAAGAAGCAUGUGUCUCUAUAUAAGACACUACUCCAAAGAUAUAUUGUGUAACUCUGAUGGAAUUUGUGGAGUCAGGGUCCAUCUCGUUGUACAUUCAUGACACACACUGUAUUGUGCUAAGCCAUCUGAGUCCUUCCACUUUUCCCAGCACAUCCUUUCUUCUCACCUCUUCUCUGUGUCCGUUUGGCAUCCUACCUAUUUUCACACCAAGUUCUUGGGGGAGAUUUUUUGUGGACCUCUUAUAGUCGGUCUUUCUAAUACGACUGAGAGGGUGAGGGGAGGAGGAAGAACAGAUCCUCAGAUCAGACACCAGCUGUCACCCCGUCUUAGUCCUUCAAGUAUCAUCUGCUUCUGCUUCACCCAUUUUCUCCUGACCCCCCUUCUGCAACCUUCCAUCCUUCUCACACCCUCAUCAUCCUUCACACACACCCUACACCGCCCCCCACUAAAGUCUUAGGAGUCACUGACCAUCCUUACCCACAAUUCCCCCACCAAACUGCUUUUGAUAACUUCACAUGGAAACUCUACACCUGUAUUCCACUUCAUAAGAUAAUCUUUUAAAGCUGAACUCAGGUCUGUCACACAUAGAGAUGGAAACUUCAGAUCUUGUAGUUCGCAUCAGAUUUUGAUUUCAUUUCUGAUCUCAGACUUUCCUUUCUUUUCUUUCUUCACCAAUAAAUGCUUGAAGGUAUUCUCUCUGUUUUGACUGUGCUGUAUCGGCAGUGUUAAACAGCUCCUCAGCGUCCCUCCUCCCUAGUCUGUGCUCCUAUGAUUUUAUUGGGCAUGUCAUUAACAGCCCACUUUGUUAAAUCACUAUCUUUUGUUUGUGUUGACUGCCCCCUUUCCUAAACCAGGGACAGCUUGUGUCCUGAACAGCAGGGGCCAGAAGGACACCCGUCCCUGCGUGUGCGUCUGCUCCCCAGACAUUUAAACACUACUCAACCCUCCACCUUCAUCCAUCCGUCUUCUCUCUCUUCCUGUUCCUCCUCUCUCUUUCCAUGCGGCAUCCCCGGGGACUCAUAUCCUCCGCUUGACAAGUAAUAGCAAAGCAUUCUCGCUGGAUGAGUCCCCCAGGAUCCAGCUCUCUCUGCCCACACACACACACACAAACACACAUGCUAUUCCCAAGGUAUUGUGUGACAGCAGGUGGCAAACACCAUGACACAAGCCAUGCACACGCUCCUCCUCUUUUUCUUCCUCCAUCCUAACACACACACACACAGCCUUACCAGGCACGGGUCAAGUCGUGGCGUGUGGCAGGGGGAGUUAGUCAUGCUGGAGGGUGAGUUGGGGUCCACAGGGGAUAAGGCGGAUGAAUCAGAAGGCAACAGAGGGAGGAGUCGAGAGUUUGGCUGCAUUUGUAGCAAUGAGCGUCGGCGUCUCCCUGAAAAGAGCACACUCCAUCCACUCAACCCCUCCUCUCCUCUUUGCCUAAAGUGGAGCUCUUUAGCAGCCCCCCUCCCACCCCUCCUUUCAGGAGCAGCCAUGCAUGAAAGAGCAGCUAUUUGUAAAGCAGCCCAACAAUUAAUUUAGCUGGCAACAAAGAGGCCCCAGGGCCCAUGGCCUCCUCGCAGCAGCAGAAUUAAGAGCGGUGGCAGCUCAGUCCUGUUGCUGCUUGUCAACAGGCUGAGACUAAUUCACAUUUCUACAGUCGAAAAAGCUCAGCAGGCAGAGCCACUCCAAGGAAUGUUUUUUUCCCCCCUGCACUUCUCGGUAUAGUCAAUAUUAAUACAGAACAGAAACAACAUCAAUUUUCAUGGUUUCAGUCCAUUUGACUUGGUUUGUUGUGUUUUUCUUUCUACUCCUUGUGGUCUUCUACUUUUUGGAUAUUCCCACUUCACUUGAUUUUAGCGUUUUAGUCUGCAUUACUUCCUCAUUCAGUACUAUUGUUGAGAACAAUCCAACAUCAGUGCUUCAGCAGUAUUAUGUUAGAUAUCAGUCGUGCAUGUUACUCUCUUUAUAUAGCCAUGACGUGCACUCAUAUGUGAAAAAUAUUAUUUAGAUACCAGUUAUAAUUUGACAUGUUUAGACUCGUUAGUUAUUUUUCUGGUAACGUAAGCAACAGUUUGACUAUGAUAUAAUUUGUCUUGAAAGUUUUUCAUACUUUAGAAUUAUUUGCAUGUACAUGUACAGUUCAAGGGUUUUUUAAACCAACUUAAGACACUUCACCCACUGAGCAUUUUUUGAUCUAAAAGAGGUCUAAUAGACGUCUAAAUGUAGCCUAGAUGACUGCUCUAAGAUCAGGCUACCACAUGUCUAAAAAUGAAAGUUUUUUAGACGUCUAAAUUCAGACCAAGUCUUAAUCUGGACUAUAUCAAUACUACACUGUAUAUUGCUCAAUGGCUAUCAUAAUUAUUUGGUUAAGUACUUGGAGAUCAGUUACGCAACUCACAGUUGGUUUUUGAAAUAAAUAGUUAUCGAAUAAUGGGUCAAAGUGCAACGUCUAAAUCCAGUUUAAAAAUAUACAGAAUCUAGAUGUUUGAAAUUAGGUAAACAAAAAAAAAAACAAGUUAGCUGCAGUAGUGUUGGGCUUCAGGUCUGUGCCACAUGAUUAAAAAAAACAGCAGCUGGUUCCUCCUAAAGACAAAGCGUUUACAUUUAAUGUGGUGCGUAAUAUUCAUGACACCAAAACCCUUGUGUGUGUUAAACGCUACAUUAGAUAGCUGUCCCUUCAUGUUUAUUUGUGCGAGAACUCGAGGGCGGAGUCUCUGAGGAAACCAUAGAAGUUAAAUUUGUUGCACCAGAAUCAGAAUUGUUCAAGUAGCUUUGCAGGAGAUCUCUUCCUUUGUUUACUCUUUUUUUAUCCUGAUCCUGUGCUCAGCUGGGGUACAAUGUUCCCACUAUCCGCCUUCUAUGUUUAAUAUAGACCAGGUUAUACUACCAGAUAGUUUAAGAUUAUAUGUGCCUGUGUGUUUCAGACAUUUUCAUGAAAGCACUGAUAGGCCAAGAGUUUGAUCCUAUAAACAAAAUCCCCGUUUCGGGUUUUUGUCACAAUAAUUUAAAUGAGCAUAAAAUGUCUGACAUCAUAUCUUCGCCCCUGCAGCCGUGAUGGCUCCGUAUACCGGGCGGUGUAGCUGAUCCUCACUUACAGAAUUAGUGCUGAGGAAGCUAGUUUGACGCGCUGAACAAUACAUAUUUAUACCUGAUGAAUAUGUAUGAGUGGCGGUGAUGACAUCUCAGUGACAGGCCAUUGUGGCAAUCUCAAUCUGGCUGCUAUGGCUAAAGUCACCCUGGCCGCAAACGUGGCAAGCUGAUUAGAAUAAGGAACGAGAAAUCGGAGGCAUCGAGGAGAACGUGUGUGCAUGUGCUCUCACCUGCUGAAAAGUAUAAAAAAAAAACACACACACGCACACAUCCACAGGCUGCAGCCCAUCCAGGACACAGUAAAAUUGAUGUAUUCUUUAUGUAAAGUACUGUAUGCAGAGUACAUACACACAUGCAUAUGACUGAGAUUAAUCUUGAGCGGCGGAAGGAGGGAGGGAGGGAGGAGGAUGGAGGUGGUGGAGGAUGUAAAUUGACAGCGUUGUAAAGUGACAGACCUGCUGCUGCUGCUGCUGCUUUACCUUUUCCCCUAUUUUCACACAUGCACACACAUGCACAGCAGCCUUUUGGUGACAACAGCCAAUUUAUUACCAGAUACUACCUUGCGCUUGUGUUCUUGUAGGCAUACAGAACGUGCCGUGUGUGUCUGAUGCUCUGCGAGUCUGUUUGUAAAGAUGCAGCAUGUGUGCGCAUGUGUGCGUGUGUGUUUGUUGUUAGUUGGCAAAGUGGUUGAGAGAGAAAGUUUCCAAUUCAUUAGAAGAGCAGCUCCCCUCUGAGGUUUCUGUGGCUCUCAUGUUCAAUUUGGAGAUUGGACUUUGCUUUCAAAGGGGUGUGAGGGGACGAGACAGGUGCACCAAGGUCUGCCGCCUGAAAACAAGAAGUGUGUGUGCAUGUGUGUGUGUGUGUGUUUGUGUAUAUACAUGUGGGGAAGCUGUCCACUUUGGCCACAUCUAUUAUCUCACCACCCCUCCCACUGGGACAUCCCAGAAGCCCAUUGAUCAUUGUUAGACCCUGUCACACACAUGCACACACACACUCACACACGCAAAUAUCAAUCCCUAGAUUACAUGCUCUCAAACAUGGACAGAUGAUUUACAUAUACACACUUAAAACACAUACAUACACAUAUGCAUAUAGGCACUUAGUUUUUACGAGCACUGUGACAAGAUCAAAUGGGUUCAGCACAGAUUGCAUCCAGUCGUCAAAGCACUUACGUCCUUGUGUCAACGCACCAACAAGGGGAAUAAAAGAAACAAUAGGUAACGACACUGGUUGGGUGUUUUUUUGCGGUGUGUUUCUUUAAUGUGGUGAUAAAUCUGGAUCCUUGUAGUGGUUUCUGACCUUUAAUCUAAUCUACUAGAAGUUUGAGAAGAGUUUAUCAGUUUGUCAGAGUGAGAAAGACUUCAACAGAGCAUAAAAAUGUGUGUCUUUAGUAAAGAACUGAAUCCCAAAAAGAGUGUUAGAGCCUUAAUGUGUGACUGAUCCUCCCUCGGUGGUGAGGACCCUGUCUCACACUGUAGUAACUUUACCUUUUCGUGUACCCCCACAGGCGCUCUGAGUGAAGACCCUAAUUUCCCAAAGAUCCAGUGGCCGUCGCCUGAUAUGUGUCCUUCCUGCCACACGGUGAAACCAAACGGGGACCACAGGUGGAACAACGACCGUGUUUUUCCCUUCCUCUUGUCCUUCUUCUCAUCCAGCAGUAUCCUCCCAGGUACAGGCUCAAGUUUUGUUUCUAGAGAGUUCAUAUGACAAAUCAAAAGAUCCUUAAAGAUCCAUGAAAUAUAACCGUCUAUUCUCUUUCCAAAAAAAUGUUUGUUGUGCUGUAUUAAAAUAGAAAACAAAAACUGAUGGUUACUUGGGUUUAAAAAUCAUAAUAUCAGAGUUUGAAGGUGUGAAUCAGAAAAACAAAAGGUGAAUUACAGCUUAAAUUAUGUCAGAUCUACUCUAAAUAUGUGACUUGCUAUGUAUACUAGAUAUUUUUCAAUGAGUCAUACAGUCUGAAUAUAAAAAGAUUUGGAAGAAUCCAGUAAUCUUCUAAUCAGAGGUGUCUUUCUUCUCCCUGCUCUGUCAGAUUAUCUAGAGAGUGAAGACCACGUCCUGGAAAAACAAAGACAAAAACACGCCGAUCGACAGCAAGCGUUACAGGCUCAGAAACAUGAGAGAAAAAUCAGGGAGGCUGCAGGCUCCAUCACAGAUCCGCCGCCAUCACCACCUGCUGUACAGGAAGAGGAGGAGGAGGAGGUGGAAGAGGAAGAGGGACCUCAGGAUGAAGCCGUGGCGAAUAUGAGGCAGGAAGAUGGAGAAGCAGCAGAGAUGGAGACUAAGCCAACCCCCUGGUCUAAACUUGAAAUGAACGUGGGUCGACGCCAGCAGCGGGGCCAUGGGAGACGAAGCAUUGUGGGGAUGAAGAUGCGGGAGCUGCCGGAGGACAUUGUAGAUCUUGACUCAUUCGUCAAUCAGCACUACAAGGCCAAGGCGCUGCAGUUGGCCGCUGCACGGGUCAGACAGCGUAGCCUGCAGAGGAAGGAGGAGCAGGAGCCAGGGCCGGUGUUAGGGCUCGGCUUGGAGCUGGACGUGGGGCUCGGGAUGGUCGGCCUGCAGCCGAUGAAUGAGCGCAUUGAGCAGAGAAGGAAGCGAGAACUGACAGGUCAAUACUUUGAGGAGGAGGCCGAGUUAAACCACAGGGGACGCUGGAUGAUGUCUGUGCUGAGCAUCGGAUUCUCCAAAGUGGACAUCAGCCUGUGUGUCAUUCUUUACUUCCUGUCCUGCAUGUGUCUUCUGGCCAUGUACCUUUUCUUCAAAAACCGCCUCAGGCUACGGCGAGUGAAAGUAUCUUUAACCUAAACCAAAGUGGAUCUAAAUUUGACCUGAGAGGGCAAAUGAUCAACAUUCAUUAGGGUCAUGAAGGCUAAGAUUCAUGUUAAGGGGAUAUGUCAAGAUUAGCGCCAUCUUAGGACGUCCACUUAACUGUUACCUGCAGCCAGAGCCGGGGCUAGGGUGUUCGAGCCUGAAAUUUGUAGAUGAGCUUCUGACUAGAGCGGGAGGGGAGGGGAUAAAUUAAAGGAAUGACCUGAAAUCUUUGAAAAUUAGCAGAUAUUCAGUCUGACUCUUUAUCUGUCUGUUUUCAGGCAGCACACUAACAGUGGAAAAAUCUAAAAACCUUUACUGUCACGAGUGAGUUGGUGUUUGAGGCGUUUCGCUGGUGUUUAGGAUAAUUAAUGAAGAUAUUGAUUAUGUUUGAUGAAGGAUUAAACCCAACAGAGUUUUAAUUUGUCUGAAAUUAAUGCAGCUGAAGUGAUUUUUGUUGCUUUACUGACAUCCGUGGAGUUUGUCCAGAAUGUGAUUUUUUUUUUCUUCUAUAUGGAGCAGGAAAGAUCUCCAUCAUUUAUACCCAGAAGGUUUUAAUUUAAAUUCAAGUUAUCAUGUUACAUUCAUGAGUAUCUGAAUCUCAUGGAGCCUUAUUUAGUCGAUGAAGAAAGUGAUUGUUUUUCAAUGUAGCUGAAGCUAUAGAUGAACGUGUCGUCUGCGGCGUCUGUAUCGUCUCAUAUUUCUGUGUUUGAUUGCAGUUAUCAGAUAGUUUUAUCAAAGGAAGCAGGGUUUGUUUUGUUUGUUUUUUAAUUUGUUAGACAGUGAUGGUUAGAUGUUUUAAUUGAAUAAUGUGACUCAACAGGUAGCUCCACGCUCACCUUGGAAGAGCGGAUCACUUAUUUUGGUUUAUUGCUCUUUUUACAGGCUGCUCCUCGAACAAUACGCCGUCUGUCACGUCUUUGAAUAUUACAUCACACUGAUGAGUGCACAUAACACAAAGCCACUCUGUUUUUUUUUGUGAAGUGUUGUGGAGCAACGCCAAUGUUCACACUGGACCAGGUUUUAGAGUAACCAUGAUAAUAACACUAGAUCAAGUUUAGGAUUAUCAGUCUCAAUAACACUGAUUUACUGUUUGUGUUCAUGCUUGUCUGAAUCAAUAAAGUUAUUUUUGAUAAGGA